CGUUCUGUAUCACCGUGCUUUGAAAGAGAGGACACGCGACGCGUUCGUGGCUCUCGAGCAUCUCUGAGGGGAGCGCUUUCCUCCUGUUUUUGCCUAUUAAAAUUAACCAACUAACACAAUCCAUCGUUCAUUUCCUCUCAGGUCGUCAACCUUUAGUUAUUGUAUCACUGUUUCAACAAUAAAGGUAACCCAACCUCGUUAUUUUUGAGGAAAAGAGGACUGCACCUGUCCCGCAUCAUCUGAAGUGAGAUUUCACACAACUGCUGAGUGGACAAACACUUCUCUAGGACAAGACAUAUAUGGAAACAAGAUGGCCAAGUACCACGUAUAUCAGACACGUUAGAACGGCCCAUUUUGGUCAAGUCUUUACCGUCACCAGCUGGACUGACUCUUCUAAAGACAUCAGAUAUAUUUGCAAUGAUAGAGCGAAUUCAGAGCUGUAGAAUGGAUGAACAGAGAUGCAUUUUCCCACCACCUCUCAAAACAGAAGAAGACUACAUCCCCUAUCCCAGCGUCCAUGAGGUCUUGGGGCGUACUGGACCCUUACCACUGAUUUUGCUGCCCCAGUUUGGGGGCUACUGGAUCGAGGGGACCAAUCAUGAUUUUGGAUCCUCUUCGACAGACGACCUGCCUCCAUGUCCUGCAUCACAUUGUAAACUGGAGACAAACAGCAUAGCAGAGAUCUACAGGAACCACUGUUUGGGCAAGGAACACUUUAAUUAUUACUCCAUGGACAGCGUCUUGGGCCACCUGGUCUUUUCUGUAAAAUACGAUGUGAUUGGAGACCAGGAGCAUCUCCGACUGUUGCUUAGGUCAAAGUUCAAAACCUACCAUGAUGUGAUACCAAUUUCUUGUUUGACGGAGUUCCCCAAUGUUGUCCAGAUGGCGAAGCUUGUCUGUGAGGAGGUGAAUGUGGACAGAUUUUACCCCGUCUUAUACCCAAAGGCGUCCAGACUCAUCGUGACCUUUGAUGAGCAUGUCAUUAACAACAAUUUCAAGUUUGGAGUCAUUUACCAGAAAUUUGCCCAGACUACAGAAGAGGAGCUUUUUGGCAACAGCGAGGAAAGUCCAGCAUUCGUUGAGUUUUUAGAGUUCUUAGGAGAGAAGAUUGAACUUCAUGACUUUAAAGGGUUUCGUGGUGGUCUGGAUGUGACACAUGGCCAAACAGGAACCGAAUCAAUCUAUCAUAACUUCCAUGAUAAAGAGAUCAUGUUUCAUGUGUCCACAAAGCUGCCAUACACCGAAGGUGAUUCUCAACAGCUCCAGAGGAAAAGGCAUAUAGGAAAUGACAUCGUAGCUAUAGUGUUCCAGGAUGAAAACACACCGUUUGUACCAGAUAUGAUUGCAUCAAACUUUCUGCACGCUUACGUGGUGGUGCAGGUGGAGAACGCCUGCACGGAAGAUGUCCUGUAUAAGGUGUCUGUGACGGCGAGAGAUGAUGUGCCUUUCUUUGGACCAGCUCUCCCAGACCCUGCCAUCUUUAGGAAGAAUACUGAGUUUCACGAGUUCCUCUUGACCAAACUGAUCAAUGCUGAAUAUUCCUGCUACAAAGCUGAAAAGUUUGCCAAGCUGGAGGAGAGAACACGUUCUGCUCUGCUGGAAACUUUGUAUGAGGAGCUUCAUGUCCACAGUCAGUCCAUGAUGGGUCUGUGUGGAGAUGAUGACAAACUGGAGAACGGAGGAGGAGGCGGAGGCGGCUUCUUUGAAUCUUUUAAGCGAGUCAUUCGCAGUAGAAGCCAGUCUAUGGACGCUAUGGGUCUCAGUAACAAGAAGCCACACACCGUCUCCACAAGCCACAGUGGAAGUUUUACACACAACCCUCCUGAAACCCCCAAGACAGCCGGCAUUUCUUUGAUCAUUCCUGGAAAAAGCCCAACCCGGAAAAAAUCUGGCCCAUUCACCCCCAGGAGGAGUAGCGCCAUUGGGAUCGAGAACAUACAGGAGGUUCAGGAGAGAAGCAGUAGAGAAGUGUCUCCUAGUCCACAGAGAUCGGACAGCGGCUUCCCUCAAGAACUCCGAUUAGAUAACUUAUCCAAUCACAGCUCACCCGAGAUGAACACCACUAAGAUCGGUUCUGCUCUGUGCUGUCGAGCGCCUUCCAUCCCCGAAUCUCAGGACCUCUCUCGCUCCUCGUCCAAUGCCAGCAGCUUCGCCAGCGUGGUGGAAGAGCACGAGCAGGAAGCAACAGAGGAAUAUGACACAGGACUGGAAAGCUUGUCAUCGGCUGGUACCCCACAUAAGAGAGAUUCAUUUACGUACAGCGGUGUGUGGCUGGAAGACAGCACCGGUAGUAAUCUAAGCAGUUCACAUGGUCCUCUUCGACAGCAAUCGGAACCCCUGCGCCCCAAAACAGAGAGGCAACAAUCGAACUGUUAGCUGUCCAGCAGGCUGUAGAUGACUACUCUGAUGUCCAUAAGCAUCAUUUUCAUAAGCAGCCCUCGCGCAGCGGAAACACUGGAGUUUAUGUAGAGACAGAUGUGAAGGAGAGCUCACCGCUAGUUGUUCAGGCAGGUGUGCAUCAAAAUAUCAGCACACACUUUUAAGGGCACAGACCCUUUUCUCUUCUAUCAUGUGGCUGUUUGCCUAUAGGCAAAAUGAGAAACCUGCCUAACACGUCUUGGCCAAUUGUGAAGGCUGCCAACAUCAUGACAAGGGCCAAAUUCACAAUAGAAAAAGAUCUCUACCUUCUGUAACAUCACUUUUUAGCCGAAACGCUUUCUUUUUCUUUUCUUUCUUCUCUCUGUAUACAUUUUACAUUCUUUAUAUUUAUUUAUUUAUUAAGGAAGUAGAACAUCUAUACCUUUCAAACAAACAAGGUUCAUCAUAAACGAAUCAUGCUUGAAAUGGCCAAACUUUUUAAUACACACACACACACCCGACUAAGUGUAGUUUUGUUUCUAAAAAUUGUUCUCGUUUUGUGUCAAUGUCUGUGACCGCAAUGAAUAAUGAUGUUAAAAAUGAAUGUUAAUAAAUGUUAAGUGUUGUCUGAAGCCAUUUCAAACCCCAUUCAGUGCAGUAAAGCUUUAGCCGUUAACAUAGGACAAAACAAACAGAGGUCUGUAUACUUUUUCAAUAUUAUUUAUUGUGUUUUAAGCAUAGGCUGAUCUUUUCCUGAUUUUGUAUGAGCACAGCUUGACCCGACUGUUGUGAUAAAACUGACAUCUGUUCGAAAUAUACACUAAUGUUGACAUUGUGCCGUUUUACGAUAUGCAGAUAAAUAAGCAAAGCGAGCCGCACAGAUUACUAACGUAUGAAUCUCUGAUGCUUAUUCAAGGGUUUCGUGUGUACUAAAGUUUCUGUUUUAUUUCACUUGUAUUGGUGACAGUAAGCAAUAUGAAUGUAAAGCUGUUGAAACUGGAAGCGACGUAUAUAUACAGGGUUCCCACAUCAUGAAUCAAUGAAUUUUUAUAAGCCUAUUGGAUUAUGACUUUAACAAAUGACUUUAGAAAAUUGGUGUUAAUUUAUUUAUUACUGUUUACUAUACGUGACCAUGUACUAAUUUGUAAGCAAAUGUUUUCAAUAAUACAAAACAAAUACUGGGAAAUACGUAUUCAUAAAAGUUUCAUACAUUUAUUUAUUUCCAUACAUUUUUCAUUCACGAAUAUAAAACUUUCCUUGAUUUUCCAAGUUUUCCAUGACUUUGGGAACCCUGCAUAUUAUAUAUGAUUCAAUAUCUUGGUCUUUUUUACACAUACACAUUUUAAAUUAUUUAUAUAGUUUCUUUUUGUAUAAAAAAUAUUUGCAUAUGUCAGAUCAUAUAAUUAACUUUUAUCACUUUAUAUUUACUUAAAUGCUCUGGGUGUACCAUAGUACCGCCAUAAUAUCAGAUUGUAAUACUGAUUUAGUGAUUUACCAUCAAAUACCCAGUUAUUUAUUUAGUACUUUUAUUACAAAGACUUACGUGGUAUUCGCAUCAUGCUAAUGUACAAAAAAAUGGUAGGUUUGCUUCAAAAGGGGUACUAAACUGGAAAUUCUCGCUAUUUAAAUGUUUGAAACUCUUCAUGGAGAAAAAAGUAAAGACUUCAAGAAAAAAGCGAGGAUGUGUUAAUGCCCAAGUCUUUGCAGACUGGUUCAAUUGUACAUAAUGCGAUUGCACAUAAUAGAGAUAUUUAAGCACAAACUCAUUUCAAGCAAAGCGCUGAAUGCUUACUGCAAUUGAUUGUUUUCUUUUACUGCUUAUGAAACUUAAGAAAUAUUGCACUGUACAUAAAACAAUUUCUCCUGUUUUGUAAUUGAAAAAUGAUCAAUCAUGUUUAAUAAAGAUCAGAGGGUUCGUGAAA